CUCAGACAGGCACCCAGGGGCCACUCCAGGAUUGACUAUGCCACCUGAGAGCACAGAAGAUGCAUCUUGCCAACCGCCUGCUCCUCCUUCUGGCUGGACUACUGUUCCUUUCUCAAGGUCAGCGGCAUCCUGAGCAUCACGGCCAGGGUCACAUCCACUGUCCCCAUCAGGAGGCUCCGGGCACAGGUGAGGGCUCCCCCAGCCUCAAGGUCACUGCAGGCAAUACUGCCUUUGCUCUCCGCUUCUACCACCUGAUGGCUUCCCAACCCUAUGGGAGCAACGUCUUCUCCCCGCUGAGCAUCUCCACCGCCUACACCAUGCUGUCCCUGGGGGUCUGCUCGCACAGCCGGACCCAGAUCCUCGAGGGUCUCGGCUUCAACCUCACAGAGGUGUCAGUAUCCGACAUCCACAGGGGCUUCCAGAACCUUCUGCACACUCUCCACCUCCCGGCCGACAGGCUGGAGAUACGCGUGGGCAGCGCCCUGUUGUUGAGCCUGGAGCUGCCUCUCCUUCUGAGAUUCCUUAACGACUCCGUGACCUUCUAUGAGUCCAAACUCUUCCACACCAACUUCGACGACUCUGAGGGCACAACCCAGCUUAUCAACAACAAUGUCAGGGAGGAAUCUCGAGGGAAGAUUGUGGAUUUGAUCAGCAAGUUCAGCGCAGAUACCAUGAUGGUGCUGGUGAAUUACAUUUACUUCAAAGCUCUGUGGGAGAGACCAUCCAUCCCCUUGAUGACUGCUCCCCAUGACUUCUACGUUGAUGAGGAUACAAUAGUCAAGGUACUGAUGCUGCAGGAUACCCAGCACCACUGGUAUCUUCACGACAGAUACUUGCCCUGCUCGGUGCUACGGAUGGAUUACAAAGGAAACGCAACAGCCCUUUUCAUCCUUCCUAAUUGAGAGAAAAUGGAGCAGGUGGAAGAGGUUUUGACUCCAGAGAUGCUGACAAGGUGAAGCAAAUUGCUUCGGAAGAGGUAUUUUUAAAGGAAGCUCAAGUUGUAUAUCCCCAAAUUCUCCAUUUCUGGCUCCUAUAAAUUUGAUCAGAUUUUGCCCAAGCUGGGCAUCACGGACUUGUUCUCAUAGCGGGCUGACUUGUCUGGCAUCACUGAAUAGCUAAACCUCCAGGUGUCCAAGAGUUUCCACAAGGCCAUCCUGGAGGUGGAUGAGGUUGGCACCCAGGCUGCAGCAGCCACCAGCGGCUUUGUCACCUUCUGGUCCCGGGACAAUCACCAAGCCCUUUGGUUUAACCGGCCCUUCCUUGUGGUGACCUUUUCCACCAAUACCCAGAGCAUCCACUUUCCGGGAAAGGUUGUCCACCCCACGAAACCAUAGCCCUCCAGGGCUGGCUUGUCUGUUACAAGCAGGAGGACAUGGCCUGGAGGGCUGAGUGUGAGCAGCUCUGGAUUUGGAGUGGGGGACGCAGAAGAUGCUGAGGAUGCGGGGCUGAAUCUGUUGGUGAAGGUGAGGGAUGUGGGUGGUACCAGACCGGUGUGGACUGAACACCUAGCUCCUCAGGGCUGUGCCACCUCAGACAGAUCAUCUAACCUCUUCGAACAGGUUUCCACCCCGGAAAGUGGCAGAAACGCCCCCCCUCUCAGGGUAGUUGUACGGAUUAAACGAAAUGAUGGCUACGAG